GAUAGGGCAUCGUCUUCUGUCUCAUCAUAUGGCGAGCCGGUCUACAGACGACUGGCGUAUCGUCUGCCAUUGGCACGAAUGUCCGCCAACCAACAUGGCUCUGGACAACCCAUCCUGGCAUUACGCAGGAGGUUCCCGAAUCGAUGACGGCUACUGCCCUCGUACUUCCUAUCGAAGGCAUUCCAGCAUUCCCAGAUCAGCAGGACUCGGACUCCUACAUCCCAGAGAAAAAGGGAGAGAUCACUGAAGCCUCUGUAGCAAACGCUGUAUAAUCAUUGAUUGCGAGGGCUGGUACCUCAGUUGCCGCUGAUAUGAUACAAACAUACAAGUAUUGUACAAAGCAUACUGGUGGUAUAAAGGCGAGAACAGCCGGUACUAACAGGUAUACAUAUAUACCAACUAACCGACAGUUAGUUGGCCUGUCGAGUGCGUGUCCAAUCGAUUAUGUGCUGUGCUUCCCAGUUUUUUUGACGACAGCCAGCCUCACUCAUCUUCGUCUUCGUCCUCCUCAUCUUGCUCUUCCUCGUCCUCGUCGCCGCCCUUCUGUUCGACCUCUUCGUCUUCUUCCUCGUCCGACUCGAUGCGCUUGGUGGACUUGGCGGUGUUGCCCUUGGGCUGUGACCUCUUGCUGGACGACUCGGGCUUUGCUGCAACCUUGCUUUUACUCGACGAUGAUGCCGUAGUUUUGGUCUUCUUAGAUUUAUUAGAUUUAGGGGCGCUGUCUUCGUCGUCGUCGUCGUCGUCAUCAUCAGACUUGAAACCACCAUCGACCUUGGUGUAAUCGACGCGGAUACCACGCGUGCGGCGUCCGGUGGUCACGACCGUGGCCUCUUCUUGCAGAGCGGCCAGCUCAUCUGGAGGACCGCAUGCAUCUAUUAGAGACGUAGUUUCCGGCGUUUGCAGCGCAUAACACACCUUCGUCAAUACCGCCGUCAGAUUCCUCCUCGAACUCCUCCUCGGACUCCUCUUCGCGCUUCGCCCUAUUGCCGAGCCGGUUUGCAUCGCCACCACCAUGAAACAGGCAGACGGGGUGCACUCACUUUUUCCUGCUAUUCUUCGUAGGGUCCUCUGCGCGACGCUUCGUUCUGGAGGACAUGGGGGCUGAGACGAAAGAGGCGUACACUUAUGUAACCCUGAAGCGCGGCCUUUUUGUAGACCCACUGUCUGAAGUGAAUUCUAAUUCCCAGAGUCCGCAAUAGUAGGCUCAUUUUCCCCAGGCAUUCCUUGGGCGCAUAUAUCGAGGCGAACCUUCAAGCUUCAUCUGAGAUUGUACAAGCGGUCCGUCACCACUAGCGUAAGCGCGGGAUAGACAAGAGACGUCCCAGAAACCGUAAGGGCUGUUGUCGACUAUCUUCGCAUCUGAGGAACUGGAAGCCGUGAGCCACGAUGAAUUCGGUCGCUGACUUUCCAAGUAGAGUCUACAGGGAGUUGACAGAGAUUCCCUCGUUCAAGUCGGCCCAGUUUCAGGGAUCGAAUGUUAUCCGAACAACGACUUCUACGCAGGACCACGCCUUGAAGACUAACAGAAAGACAGUGAAGACAUUCGUUCUGAGCACCGACACGGUACUUGUGUCAGGAUCUCCAGAUGGAUCAGAGGUUGUAGCAUCCUUGGUCUCGCCUUCCGGAAAAUAUCUUGCAGUAUUGCGAGAGACGAACGACUCUGCAGAUAAGAAGCGAUAUGUGGAAGUAUGGGCCGACGAUAGGCUUCACGCUGCCGAAAACGUAACGGACAAACACGGCACGUUUUACACGGAUGAAUUCACGUCCUCGAUAUCAUUCUCGCCCUCCGAGACGAAGCUAGUCUAUGUUGCCGAGGGUAAGGAGCCAGACAACGAUACUGCCGACCCACUGUCCAAGUUCCGCUUCAUACCUGACUUGGGCGAAACCUAUGGCGGCAAGAAGCGGCCCACGAUUUUCCUGUGUGAUUGGUCUCGCGAAGCUGGCCGCGCAGUCUUGCCUCUGACUUUCGCUGAAGUCAAUAGCCCGAGCGUCCUGCUGGCUCAUCCUGUGUUUGCAUCAGAUGACAAGAUCAUUGCGCUAGGAUACGAAUACUCCGAGGAUGGACGUUUACUGGGCAUCGUCUACUGUCGAAAUCGUGCGGCCAGUGUAUGGCAGCUCACGCUGCCAAACGACUCCACCGGAAAAGAAGUUUUGGCAUGCGCCGGUUUGAAGCUGACGAGCACCGGGCUCGCCUGUCGCUCCCCUCGCAUUCUCCGUUACGGCGGACAAACCAAACUUGUAUUCGCAUCGAACUCUGCCGGUGGCCCACAUGACACCUGCUCCAAGGUUGACAUACUCGACCUCGACAAGUUAGAGCCGCGCACACUAGUAGAGACUGUGCACGAUCCCAAGCCUGACGCUUUCCCCGGCCUCUAUACGGCGUCAUUUCCUGCAUGUCCCUUCCUCCAAUCUCCUUCCAAGGAAUCCUUUCUAGUCGUCUCGUCGGUCUGGCGUAGCCGCACUACUGUUCUGCUGAUCUCAUUGGCCAACGGAAACGUCAUCGAUUUGACGCCAGCGACCGAGGAACAAUGGAGCUGGACUGUCCUCUGCACCGAUGGCAAAUCCAGAGUUGUGUGCGCCCGCAGCGCACUAACCCGACCGCCGGAGCUAGUCCUUGGCGAAGUCGACGCUAAUGCUCAGGCGUCUUGGAAGGUGCUCUACACACCAAGUGUGAGCGACGACUUGCGACGAAGACUGGACGACUUAGCCAUAUCGAUCCACGCGAUCCCGGGGCGCUACCCCGUAGAGACUAUCGUAGUGCGAUCCAAGACGCAGAAGUCUCGGCCAUGUAUCACGGUACCCCAUGGCGGACCGCACUCUGGAAUUACAACCGCAUUUGCUCCUUGGUUUUCCAGCUUCGCUGCUGAGGGCUACACCGUGGCUCUCCCAAACUACACAGGAGGGAGUGGCUUUGGGGAAAAGUAUACCAGGAGUUUGCUUGGGCAGUGUGGGAGACUGGACAUUGACGAUUGCAUGGAGUCAGUCCGCUAUCUCAUUAAACAAGGCAUUUCGGAGGAAGACAAGCAGUACGCUUUCGGCGGCUCGCACGGUGGAUUCAUCGUCGCACACCUUAUCGGACAAUUUCCCGACACGUUCAAGGCAGCCGCCAUCCGCAGUCCCGUCAUUAACCUGGGCGAGACGUCCACGACGGAUAUUCCGGACUGGUACUUCGUAGAGAUUGGUGUCGAAUUCCGGCCUGACUCGAUCAUGACGCCGGACGUGUAUAAGGACGCCUUUGCGAUGUCGCCCAUCCUCUACGUAGACCGCGUGCGCACGCCGCUGCAAGUGUACCUCGGCCUGAAAGACCAGCGAGUGUCGUUAGACCAGGGCAAGAAAUACUACCAUGUCUUGAAGGCAAAGGGAAAGGAAGUGGAGAUGUUUUGUUUCAAGGACGACGGACAUGCUCUCGACAGUGUUGAAGGGGCCCGGGCAGUAUAUUACGCGGCGAAGACCCUCUUUGCAAGAGUACAAGGCGACUAAUAUAGGGAAUGGUGGAGAUAUUUUAGGACUACAAAUUAUAGACAACGCUACAUGUACUAUGAUCAGUAAAAGAUGUGGCCGUGCUGAGAAACGAGCCCAACGCAAAACCCAGAUGAAUACAAGCUAAGACCACGACGUCCUGGAGGAAAUUGCACCCAAAUGAGCUACAAACAGUCCUACACAGACUGUCAACGUCGAGCGCAGACAAGGUUUACAUGAACCAGCUCGAGCUCUGGUCCGGGAAAGCCAUAAAGGUUGGCAUGAGCUCCGUUUCUGAGAACGCAAAGAACGACUGCAUCUGAUCCGGAUGUAUCGUCUGUGAAUCCCAAACCGACGGGAAGCCCAUGUCGUGUGUCGGCAGAUCGAGUUGUGGCAUCUUGAAUUGGACAUGGGCGGAGCUCAUGGGUCCCUGUGUCCCCACAGGUGUGAGUAGGGCUGGGAUGGGCUGGGAUGGCCCAGACCCAGUGCCAGCCUCGGUGCUUGGCUGCGCGCAUGUGCCGCUGUUAUUUCGCCGUUCCCAGAUCCGCGACGCUACCAGCUGUUGCAGGAAGCGGGCGAAGCGGCGUCGCGGGGUUGACUCGUCCACGUCACCCACGUUUGUCGUGUCGAUGGCCUGAAGCAGCCGCUUGAUUAGCUCCACAACGCGAGUCUCUUGGCGCUGGUCGAGCUUGCAUGAGAACUCCGGGCGAAGGCACUGGCUAAAUGUAAGUGUU